UACAUAAGGAAUAACACUAUGUUUGGAAAUCUCCAAAAAUAUACACUAUAUGAAACGCUUGCUAGCCGCGAUAAAAAUAUAUUAGAUGACAGUCGAUAAAAAAUACUUAAUAAAACUCAAUAAAAUUAGAUUAUAAUGGAAAAUAAUUUUCUAUUAUUUCGAUUGUAAUUAUACGUCAGUCCGAACACAUUAAGCUGUCGGAUCAAAACAAACCAACUUCCGGUUAAUUUAGUUAAAACUGCUUUCAAUCUGGAAAUAAUUAUUUUUCGUUUUGUCUGUUUUGUUUAAAAACAGACAAAUAAACAUAUUUACUAUUCUGUGGUUACCAUUUGUUCUUUUUUGUAGGUUAUCACGUAAAUGCGUUAUAACAUGUAAUAGCGUUUUAUAUAGCGUUGUAUGGCGAUGGAGAAAUUCUGCACGUGCAGCUGUUAUUACACGGAUAAUAUAUUUUUAGAGCAAUAUAAGCUCCAUGUGCGUUUCACCUCGGAAGAGCAGUUUAAAAAGGACUAUCGACACAUAGUCCAGUCCCUGGGUUGUGCCUCUGAUGCCCAGUACAAUGCUGUUCUUGAAAAAAUCCAAGCUGAAGUUGAGAGGCGCCGGAAUCUCGAGACACAAUCAGCAGAGAGAAAAUCAAUCAUCAAGGAGACUUACAAACCGCUCCAUCAGCAUGUCUACAGCUUACAGGAAUCUUUUUUGGCUCCUGAAUUUGUAGAAAUAGUGAAAUACAGUCUUGAAGACGGCGCCAGUGAAGAGGGACUGCUGAAGCUCAUCACAUCCGAGGCAGCACCCAGGGUGUAUCGUUUCCCCGUGUUCACACAGGAUUUCUGUAAGGAUCUGGUGGAAGAGCUGGAGCAUUUUGAGUGCUCUGAGGCGCCGAAGGGUCGACCGAACACCAUGAACAACUACGGGAUCCUCCUGAACGAGCUGGGCUUUGAUGAGGGUUUGAUGACUCCGCUCAGAGAGCUGUAUCUAAAGCCCAUUAGCUCGCUGCUGUACCCAGACUGCGGAGGGAAAUGGCUGGACAGCCACAAGGCCUUCGCUGUUAAAUACUCACUGAACGAAGACCUGGAGCUCAGCUACCACUACGACAAUGCUGAGGUCACGCUGAACGUCUCACUCGGGAAAGACUUCACUGAAGGAAACCUGUACUUUGGGGACAUGAGACAGGUGCCGCUGAGCGAGACAGAGUGUGUGGAGGUGGAGCACCGUGUAGCCGAGGCCGUGCUCCACCGCGGGCAACACAUGCACGGUGCUCUGCCCAUCACGUCAGGGUGCCGCUGGAACCUGGUGCUGUGGAUGCGAGCAUCGCGUCACAGGAACCGUCUCUGCCCCAUGUGCAACCAAGUGCCAAGACUACAGCCUAGCGACGGCUACGGAGACGGAUUCACCGAGGAGGACACCCGGCUGUGUGUUUUAACGUGACGUAAUGGAGAAAUUUGUCAUUAGAAUCAGAAUCAGGUUUGUUGGCCAAGUGUGUUGACACUCACCAGGAGUUUGGUUUCAAGCUGUUUGUAAACAGACAUAUAGACACAUUCAUUUUGGGUGUCCAGGAUAAACUGCUUUUAACUUCUGUUUCACUUCCUCUAAAAUGCAGUCCCUUACAUUUUAAAGCUUUAAGCUGGGGGAAGAGCUUAUUGCAGGGCCAGAAAAAAUGCAUAUAAAGCUUGAAAUGAAGUGAGACUUACACAAGUGUUCAUCUACAUGUGAAAGCUAGCACCUUCAUGCCUACAGAACGAGAAUCACAUCUUAGAGCAGCUACAACUUUACAGCUUUAACUGUGUAAUAUUGAACUAAUGUAAUUAAUACAGAACUUGAAAAAAAUACAAAGGACACUUUUAAUCUUUAGCAGUGUGACACCAAAUUACCAGAAGAUACGUUCAUGGAUGUUGAGCACUGGAGCCUUUAAAAGACAAUGUAACUGGAUCCGGAUUUUCAUAUGAUCCAAAUCUUGUGUGUGAACACAAUCAAACUAUUCUGUAUGUUUUUGGGAAAAAUUUAAAUAACUAAAUAAAUAAUAAAUUAAAUAAACAUUUUGUCUGGAA